AUGGAAGCCCGGAUCCCUCUCUCUCACGAAGAUUACACCGUUGGAUGGAUAUGCGCCUUACCUCUUGAGAUGGCAGCUGCAAAGCUGAUGCUGGACGCAAUACACCCGAGUUUACCGCGCCCGCCAAACGAUCACAAUACAUAUAUCCUGGGAAAUGUCGGGGAGCACAAUGUUGUUAUUGCUGGUUUACCUAGUGGAGCAUAUGGCAACACUUCAGCUACAUCAGUUGGGAUGCAGCUGCUGUCUAGCUUUCGCGCCGUUCGUAUUGGUUUAGUCGUCGGCAUUGCUGGAGGUGUGCCCAGCAACUACGCGGAUAUCCGCCUCGGGGAUAUCGUAGUGAGCCAGCCAUCGGACACGUCAGGAGGGGUGGUUCAGUACGAUCUUGGUAAAGUAUUAAGUGAUGGGCGAUUCACGCGAACGGGAAUGCUGAACCGGCCUCCGAAAGUUCUGCUAACUGCUCUCGCUACUCUCCAAGCCCAUCAUCUCACAGAAGAAAGCCGAGUAUCUGAGUUCGUCUCCAGCAUCCAAGCCAAAAUGCUACCUCGCAAGGCCACAACAUUUGCACGACCAACGGAAAAGGAUUGUCUGUUUCAAGCGGAGUAUGAUCAUGUCGGAUCUAGUACCUGUCUUGGUUGCGAUCGAUCUAAAUUGUCUUCAAGACCUCCACGAGACCACCAAGAACCAGUUGUACACUAUGGACUGAUUGGUUCCGCGAAUCGAGUCCUGAAAGAUGGCAGGCAGCGAGAUCAGCUGGCCAGGGACCUAGGAAUUUAUUGUGUAGAGAUGGAAGCGGCAGGACUCAUGAAUGACUUUCCAUGGUAUGCGGCAGCCGUGGCGGCGGCCUAUGCGAAGGAGCUUCUCUUAGUUGUCCCACCCGAUAUCCACAGUACCCCAACGGCACAUGCUGUACCAGACUCCGACUUAAUUCAUCGCUUUGACGUUCCGUCAGAUCUUACUGCUGUGCCAGUGAUUGAAAAUUUUCUAGGACGACAAGACGAGUUAGACCAGCUAUGGCAGUAUUUACAGCCAAAAAAUCCCCAGUCACGAAAAGUUGCGAUUAUCCAUGGGCUUGGGGGAAUAGGAAAGACGCAGCUAGCUAUUCGUUUCGCGCGCUCACACAAAGACGAUUUUACUGCCAUUUUUUGGCUGAGUGGCAAGGAUCGAGGCACACUCUUGCAACAUUUGAGCUCCGUCUUGCCCCGAUUACCAGGACAGUCUCAGAAUGAUGAGGCGGCCAAUGAGGAGGAGGUAGAGCAACGAGCUAGGCAUGUAUUACGUUGGCUAGCGUUAGAGGGAAACUCGCGCUGGCUGAUCAUCUUUGACAACGUCGAUCAGUACCUCCCCGUUAAUGGCGCUACGGGCGAUGCAUAUGAUAUCGCGGAAUUCUUCCCUACUGCCGAUCAUGGCUCCAUUCUUCUUACAUCUCGGCUCCAAGGGUUGACUGAGCUCGGGAAAUCUUUUCAGCUCAACAAGUUAGACUCCAAGGAUGCUAUUCAACUACUCUUACAAAGCACCGGUUUAUCAGCUAGAGAUACCUUUGGCAGACUCGAGGGUAACCCAGAUACGCUUACUCUGGCUACUCGUCUAGACGGACUUCCAUUGGCGAUUGUUAUUGCCGGGUCCUUCAUGCGUGAGACUGGAACUAGCGUCACCGAGUACUUGCAGUACUACCAAGAAUCUUGGUCCGAAUUACAGCUGCGGUCAAAUCCGCACCGUCAGUAUCAACAGGGUAAUAUACUACAAACAUGGAUAAUCUCAUAUCGUGAGAUCCAGAAGCGAAACCCGCACGCAGCGAAGUUGCUUCUUCUACUUGCUCACUUCGAUAAUCGAGAUAUCUGGUAUGAGUUAAUAAAAAGCAGCCGCUAUAGCUCAAAUAUUCCUGUUUGGCUGGAAAAUACUAUAUCAAGCGGACUCGCAUUCAAAAUCGGCGUCAAGGAUCUCAUCGGCUUCUCUCUGCUUGAGACGAAGGAACAAGUCGGAAGCUAUACAAUACACCCGGUGGUACAAGACUGGUGCAUUUAUCUUUCCAGUACAGACAAAGAUGCGAAUUCGACCCUGCUGCAUGAACUGGCACUAAUAUCCGUUGGAUGCAGUGUACCAAGUUCAAGAGACAGAAAUUCUUCCGAGUUGCAGCAACGGCUUAUUCCACACGCAAACUAUGUAGGUCGUGAGGUCUGGUCAAGUGGCAGCAUUGAUAACGCGGUAUGGGAAGCAUAUAAUAGGUUAGGGAGUCUCUAUUAUGAUCAGGGGAAGUUAAAGGAGGCAGAGGAGAUAUACCAGUACUCAUUGGUAGGCAAGGAGAAUGCUUUCGGUCCCGACCAUACAUCCACUCUCGCUACCGUCAACAACCUUGGUCUUCUCUACUCUGACCAGGGGAAGCUGAAAGAGGCAGAGGAGAUGUACCAGCGAGCACUGGUAGGCUAUCAAAAGGUCCUCGGUCCUGAUGAUAUGUCUGUUCUCUCUAUAGUCAACAACCUUGGGGUUCUGUAUAGAGAUCAGGGGAGACUAAAAGAGGCCGAGGCAAUGCACCAGCGAGCGCUGGUCGGACAUGAGAAGGUAUUAGGUCUCGACUAUACAUCCACUCUUACUAUAGUCAACAACCUUGGGGUUCUCUACUCUGAUCAGGGGAAGCUGAAAGAGGCCAAGGCGAUGUACCAGCGAGCGCUGGUCGGAUAUGAGAAGGUAUUAGGUCUCGACCAUACAUCUACUCUUGAUACAGUCAACAACCUUGGGGUUCUGUAUAGAGAUCAGGGGAAGCUAAAAGAGGCCGAGGCGAUGUACCAGCGAGCACUGGUGGGCAAGGAGAAGACACUCGGUCCCGACCAUAUAUCGACUCUUACUACAGUCGAAAAUCUUGGUCUUCUUUACAGAUAUCAGGGGAAACUGAAAGAGGCAGAGCAGAUGUACCAGCGAGCGCUGGUAGGCUACGAGAAGGCCCUUGGUCCCGAUCACAAUACAACGCAGCAGGUUGUGCAGAGAUUGAAUGCGUUAAGUAUUGUAAAUUGA